GAGCUGAGGGCAGCUUUGCUUCACAUGCAUUCAAAGCUCAGAAGGCGGCUGUUUUCUUAAGGGCAAAGGGUCCGCGAUAGGAGCUGACCGAUACGACCGUUCUUCUCGCUCUCUGAACAGAUGUGCCUGUCAGAGGCGCCAGCCUAGCUUCCUCGCUGCCCAUUUCGCGCACCCUCUUUCAAAGCGUUUAAGUUGGAGACAUUGGGAGCCGCGGAAGAAAUCCAUUUACCCGAUCAACAGAAAAACAUUCAACAGCAUGAAGCCAGUUAUUGUUGUUCAUGGUGGAGCUGGUCGCAUCUUUAAAGAGCGGGAAGAUGGAAGUCGUUCUGGUGUCAUCAGAGCAGCGUUGAAAGGUUACAGUAUCCUUAAACAAGGGGGAACUGCAUUAGAUGCAGUUGAAGAGGCCGUAAUAUUAAUGGAAGAUGAUCCACAUUUUAAUGCAGGUUGUGGCUCUGUGCUAAAUGAGAAGGGCGAAGUAGAAAUGGAUGCUAUUAUCAUGGAUGGGAAAAAUCUAGCCUCAGGAGCAGUAUCAGCCAUGAAAUGUAUUUCUAACCCAAUAAAGCUUGCUCGUCUUGUAAUGGAAAAGACGGACCACAUGUUGCUGACUGACCAAGGGGCCUCUGCCUUUGCUAGGGCUAUGGGAAUUCCUGAGGUUCCUGGAGAAAAAUUAAUCACCGAAAGGUCUUUGGAGAGGUGGAAGAAAAACCUUGAGGCUGACUGGAACCCUCAAGAAUGUCAAAAAGACCUUGGAACAGUUGGAGCCGUUGCUAUCGACAGUGCAGGAAAUGUAGCUUGUGCAACAUCUACAGGAGGACUUACUAACAAACGGCUUGGCCGCGUUGGUGAUACAGCAUGCAUAGGAAGUGGUGGGUAUGCAGAUAAUAGUGUUGGUGCCACCUCCACCACUGGCCAUGGAGAGAGCAUUAUGAAAGUGAUCCUGGCAAGACUUACUCUUUACCAUAUGGAGCAAGGGAAACCACCAGGAGAGGCUGCUGAUGCUGCUCUAGCUUGUAUGAAAACCAGAGUUGGAGGCUUAGGUGGCAUCAUUGUUAUUAGCAGUUCAGGGGAGUGGGCUGCUAAGUUCUCUACCAAUCAGAUGUCAUGGGCUGUUGUGAAGGAUGACCAGCUACAGUCUGGCAUUUAUACUGGGGAGAGGAAUACACAGUCCGUUGAAGAAGCUAUUGCCUCCAUUGGAUCGUAGAAAUGAGGAAGGACGUUGAAGUUUUGCCACAGGAGGAAGAUCAUGGAACUGAAUCCGUAUCCCUCUCAGAAUGAGGCAGGCAAUUUUUCCAGAGUCACUGCCUUGUGAGCAGAGUACCCUAUCAGUUUUAUUCUAGAUUGUGUAUGUUUAAUUCCUAUUUGUAUUUGAUUGAUAAAAUAAAUUUAACUCAGUUAAAAUUAAAUUAAUAAAAGGUUCUUCAGAAACUUAUCGAUGGAAUUUCAUCAGCUUUUUGACACCUGAUACAUUUGCAUGGUGUCAAAUGAUAAUGUGAAGAGAUGCUUAUCAUUCAGAAAAAUGAAUAUAAGAUUAGUAGAGGGGACUAUAUGUAUUGAAAUAUCUAUGUGAUUAUCUCAUGUUUACAUAUAAAUUAACAUUGCACUAUUAAUUAUUCUCUUUAAACUUGAAUAGUUUCUUUAAGGCUUUUUGUGGGAAAUUACCAGUAGUGUUUUAUGGAAAACCAUUUUGAAACAUUAAAAAAUAAAAAUGAAAAAUAUAUUUUCUCAGUAUAGAGAUAUUUUUCAAAAAUGUUUUGUGGGGUUAAUUAAAAAUUGUGGCGGUAGAUGUCCAUAUUAUUGGUCUAAAUCUAUUGUUCUAUGACUAUGGUUUAUUAAGAAAAACCAAGCAGCAGUGUAAAAAUCCAAGUAAUUUUAUAAUAAAUUUGUUCAUAUGUA